CAAUAAUCAGCUGUUUUCGCUAAUACGUGUUUGUUUGUUGUUUAUUGUUUUACCCAUACCGUGUCUUUUCACCAGCGUCGCACAUUUCGAACGUUUUACAUUCGGAAUGGUGACAGUAUCCCGUACUCCUUAAGUGAACAUUCUCUUUCUCUCUGUCUCUCUCUCACCUUACAAAUCAACCUACAUCCGAAACAUCAUGGCCUUACUUCCACCGGAUCCGGUGUUUUGCCUGCGCUCGCCGGAAGCCUGCUCCUACUACUCGCUCUGCUUCCACACCCCGGAGCACCUGUACGCCGGCACGGACAAAGGAACCGUCCAGCUGUGGGAGCUAAAUACGAACCGCACGUCCUACCAGCUCACCGUCGGCUCUAGCCCGCUCCUGAACCUCGCCCACACCUCCGACGCACUGAUCACGCAGGAAAAGGACGGCACGGUCAAGCUGUGGGCGCUGGCCGAUGCCGAGUACCUGUUGCGCCACGAAAUCUCCACCGAGCACGUCGGCUUCUGCCGGCUGGCGUACGACGCCCGCACGAGCACUGUGAUAGUACCGCGCGACCGGGCCGCCAUCAGUGUCCUGUGCGGCAAAACGUUCAGCGAAACGAUGCGCCUCACACCGACGGCCGAAGACGAGAAGGCGCUGCCGUACGGUACCGUCAUGUGCUUCCUGCCGGUGGAGCUACAAUCCCAGCGCUAUCUGCUGGCCGGGUACGAGUCCGGGGCGCUGGUACUGUGGGACUGCCGGACCGGCCGGCCGGUCUCCUCCACCACGCACUACGUCACAGAGAACGCGGACUGCGUGCAAACGAUCGAUUACGAUCCCGUCACGAACCGGGGCGUGUGCGGCGGGUCCGCCGACAAGCUGUCCGUCUUUUCCAUCGAUCGCAACACGCACCAGCUGCUGCCGAAGAGCGACAUUGCGAUCAAGAAUGCCGGCGUGCACCGGGUACGCAUCCGGAAGGAUCUGAAGGUGUUCGCCAGUGCCGGGUGGGAUGGCCGGUUGCGCAUCUUCUCGUGGAAGAGCCUGCGGCCACUGGCCGUACUGACCGAGCACAAGGGCGAACUGCUGGACGUGGCGUACUCGGAGGCGAAGGUGACGAUGUGGAACGCGCCCGUCAUGGCGGCGGCCGGCAAGGACGGGCAGAUCUCGCUGUGGGAUCUGUACAAAUGAACCCGGGGAAAUCCGGAAAUUGAACAAAAAAACGAACACUAACUCAACACACUUUUACACACCCUUUCGCUUGCAAUAAUCAUCAAUGUUUCUCAUUUCCGUUGAAAUUGAAGCAAAAUUUCCAUCGCUUUUUUGUAUACAUUUAUAUUUUUGUGAAGGGCUGCGCCACUUAUGGAACUAGUUUAUACUACGAAUAAAAUUCUAUACAACACUAUUGGCAGAACGCA